AUGGAUUUCGUCACAGUGGGCCACUAUGACUCAUCCAGACCAAGCGGUCAGGAGUUCAGUUUGAGCAGAGCUAUCAGCUGGAUGGGGGGAUGGACUGAGAUGCCAAGAUCUGUGUGCAGUGAGAGCUGUCCUCCAGGAACCAGGAAGGCUGUGCAGAAAGGAAAGCCAGUCUGCUGCUAUGACUGUAUACCAUGUCCAGAAGGAGAAAUCAGUAACAAGACAGACUCUUUGAAUUGCAUUCGCUGCCCUUCUGAAUUCUGGCCCAACACCCAGCGAAACAGCUGCCUCCUCAAGCCUGUGGAGUUCCUGUCCUGGGAUGACACUCUGAGCAUCAUUCUGACAGUGCUUUCCGUGACUGGGGCCUUCAUAGCUGUAUGUGUGGCUGCUUUUUUCUACAAACACAGAACUUCUCCCAUCGUCCGAGCCAACAACUCAGAGCUGAGCUUCCUGCUGCUCUUCUCACUGACUCUUUGUUUCCUCUGUUCACUUACUUUCAUUGGUCGGCCCUCUGAGUGGUCCUGCAUGCUGCGGCACACAACGUUUGGAAUUGCAUUCGUCCUCUGCAUCUCCUGUGUUCUUGGGAAAACUAUAGUGGUGUUAAUGGCCUUCAGAGCUACACUUCCAGGCAGUAAUAUCAUGAAAUGGUUUGGGCCUCCACAGCAGAGACUCAGUGUUCUCACCUUCACUCUAAUACAGGUCCUUAUCUGUGUUCUUUGGUUGACAAUAUCUCCUCCUCUCCCCUUCAAAAAUCUGAAACAAUACAAGGAAAGGAUUAUUUUAGAAUGUGAAUUAGGUUCAGCUAUAGGUUUCUGGGCUGUGCUGGGUUAUAUAGGAUUUCUGGCUCUUUUGUGUUUUAUUUUGGCUUUUCUAGCACGGAAGCUGCCUGAUAACUUUAAUGAAGCCAAGUUC